AUGAUUCAUGGCCCAUGCGGUACUUUUAAUCUUUCAUCGCCUUAUAUGUCAGAUGGAAAAUGUACAAAAAAUUUCCCUAAAGAUUUCACUAACGAUACAAUCACAAAUGUCGACGGAUAUCCAAUAUAUCGUCGAAGGAAUCCAGAUAAUGGCAGACAAUCAUUUAUUAAAAACAUCAGCAACACAGCCAUUGAUAUUGACAAUCGUUGGGUCGUGCCAUAUUCGCCCCUGCUGAGCAAAACAUACAAUGCUCAUAUUAAUGUUGAGUUCUGCAGUUCUGUGAAGAGCAUCAAAUACAUUUGCAAGUAUGUCCAUAAAGGCAGUGAGAUGGCGGUGUUUAGAGUAGAAAAUACCAAUGUGAAUGCUCUUCCAGUAAAUAAAAACGAUGAAAUAACGCUCAACCAAAUAGGUCGGUACAUCAGCUCCAAUGAAGCUGUUUGGCGUAUCUUUGGUUUUCCAAUUCAUGAACGGGAUCCAGCAGUUGUUCAGUUAGCCGUUCAUCUUGAAAAUGGUCAGCGUGUAUAUUUCACGAACGAGACAGCGAUUGAUCGUGCUAUAAAUCCACCAAAAACUACACUCACUGAAUUUUUUGAAUUGUGUAAUCGUGCGGAUGAUUUUGGUGCCUUUGCACGUACUUUACUCUAUUCACAAGUACCACGCUAUUUCACAUGGGCUCAAACAAAACAAUGGAUACCCCGCAAGCAAGGCUCACCAGUUGAUUCAUGCCCCAAUUUAUUCAAAUCAAACGCCUUGGGGCGAGUAUUUACAGUGAAUUCAAGACAGACUGAGUGCUUUUAUCUUCGACUAUUGUUGGUUAAUGUUACUGGCCCAUUGUCAUUUCAAGAUAUACGUAAAGUAAAUGGGCAACAGUAUACAACGUAUAAAGAUGCAUGCCUUGCACUCGGCUUGCUAGAAGAUGACAAUCAGUGGGAAUGUAUGCUUGCUGAAGCAGCAUUGAACUGGACAGCAAUACAAAUUCGUCUACUAUUCGCUAUAGUGUUGACUACAUGUUUUCCAGUCCGAGCAGAGAUAUUGUGGGAUAAUCACAAAGAUUCAAUGACUGAUGAUAUAUUGCAUCAACAUCGUAAACGGUGUAACGAUCUAGCGAUAACAUUCAGCGACGAUAUGUACAAUGAAGCUUUGAUUGCUAUUGAGGAUCUUUGA